AUGGCUGUCAAAGUCAACAAUAAUGGUGCGUUGAUUGAAAAUUUGGCAGUUCGCAUGGAUAAAUUAGAAACUUUAUUCAAAUUAUUUCAAGAACAACAAAAUAUGAUUUUGGAUGUUCUAAUAGAACUCAAUAUCGUCGAUGAAUUUUCCGUUGAUUCAGACGUAACAACUUCCACAGAAGAGUUGUACUACAACACUUGUGCUAUAAUCGCUAAGUUACUCAGUGUUAAACCAAUGAAUAGUUCUGUAUUAAACGCUCCACAUAUAUCGACUUCCUUGUCUUCCGUUUUAGCAUUACCUAAAAUCGAUUUGCCUAAAUAUGAUGGCAACUUAAUUCAAUGGAGACCUUUCCGCGAUAAGUUUGUAUCCUUAAUACGCCUAAAUGACAAUCUAAGUAAAAUUGAUCAAUUUCAUUAUCUAUUAUCUUGUCUAUCUGGUCCAGCUUUGUCUUGCAUCAGUUCAUUAUCUUUCACCGACAGUAAUUAUGACAUUGCCUGGAUGACAUUAAUGAAUCGUUACGACAACCAACGAUUAUUAGCUUUAGCCCACUUGGAUAAACUAUUUUCAUUUCGCCCAAUGGUUACAGAAUCAUUGCCGGCUCUACUGAACUUCAUUAAUAUUUCCAAGAAAAUGUCGCCGCGAUUACUGCGCUUGGUGUAG